AUGAUAACCGGCCAUCCUAGUAAGACGAGGAACUGGAUCAACGAGUAUUUCUUUAUCCGUGUGAACAAAGCCUCUGUUCCUGAUCUGGACAGGCGGUACCGAAGCGAGUGGAGUCCUAUCUUUGUUCGGCCUGAUUUUUGGCGUACUCCUCCAGUUAAUUUCUUCGACGACGUUCGGCGGCUUUCUGAGCACGGGAAGAGGAAGUGGGAAGACAUCGCCGAGGCGCGGAUCAAAGCUCAGUGGGCUCGCAUCGCAUCAGGAGGUGCCGACCUCGGUGAAGAGGUGACGGCCGAUGGUCAGUUUGGAGAAGAAGAAGAGGAAGAGCGCGUCGGCCGGGAAGCAGGCGGAGAGGAAGAAGGAGAAAACGGCAUCCGGGUCUUCAUCUAA